ACUAACAUUGUUUCUUAGAACAAUGGCAUGUAUAAUCCGCUACAUAACUAUUGCGUCUAUAUUCAUCCACAUCUCUGUUGAAGAAAAAGAUGGAACUUUCAACGGUGGAUCCAUCAGUUACAAACUUGAAGAAAUAGCUGGAAGGAAAAUUGCACAUGUUGAGCUGAUUACUGGAUGGACGCUUGGGAAAGGGCCAUGUGGAGAUGCGUGUAAAUCAACUAGUGUAAAUUUGAUUACAAAUGACCAAAGAGAUACAAAAGAGAAGGCAGCAGACAGCAUUUACUGUUUUGGAAACUUUUCUUCUGAUUACAAGGAACCUGAUGGUCAAACUUCGGAACGGCAUUUAAAUCAUAUUGUCCACCAAAACUAUACAGAAAUUGUUAUCGCUGUUAGCGAGAAUGCAAUGUGGGAACAGGAAUUAAUGACGUUCAGUAUUUUAAUGGAACAUGAGGAAGAAGAUAUAAUGUUUAAAGGAUCUUAUUGGAGACCUUUGAUGUACGGAAGUGAUUUACAAUGGCAAAUUCAGUCAAAAGUUGUAAGCAAAUCUCGUAGCGAUACUAAGGGAUUGAACAACUGCCCUCAAGUAGUCACCAAACCAUUUUACAGAGUAAAGUUGGACCAGAGUACAACUAUACGAAUACCAAUGAUUGAUCCAGAUAACGAUAUUGUAAGAUGUGAUCUAUCUCAGUUCGCAGAAGUUGGAACAUUGCCAGUUCCAGAAGGUCUUCAUGUACACAAAGAGUUCCAGUCAUCUGUCUGUAAAGUGACAAUAAAUACCAGCAAAUCUUUGAAUUAUAGUGACAACACUUGGGUAGUCAUACCGAUUACAUUUCGAGAUUACAACAAAAUGAAAAUAGUGUUUGGUGACAAGGAGAAUCCACCGGUAAAAUACUCGCUUAGUUCCACUGGUGCACAGUUUGCCGUUCAGGUACUGGAACAUCUUGAAACUCCAGAGUUUGUUUCUCCAACUAUCAAAGGUGAUCACAUGUUUAUAGUAUACGUUGGUACAAUAUGGAACACGGAUGUCUAUGCCAGGGCUUCAGAAAAUACAACAAUUGAACGGUUCAUCCAGUCCGGGCGAAAUCGCGAGAAAGUUACAUUAUCAAGUCUACGUAAUGAUACAAGAGAACGUGUGGUAUAUACAUCUAUGUCAUGGGAGCCAACAGUAGAAGAUAAAGGACAGCAUGUUCUGUGUAUUAGAGUUGUUGACAUAACUGGGUAA